CUAUACGUGAUCCGACUCAAGCCAUUCCUCUGUGACGCGUUCGAAGGCUGCCGUCAACAUCGCAUCGUCGACACGGAAACCCGUCAGCAUAUGCGAAGCGCCGCUUGUAUCAAGGCGGAUCCCGGUGCACCCCUCUUUCGAGGCUGUUUUAACCCUGUACGCCAUCUGGCCCGCUUGACACCAUGCCAGACGACGAAUCCCCCCUUGAGUAUCCUUCCGGCGGUCCUGCCGGGGAAAUAAUGUCAUGCAUCUCCUGCAGAAAUCGAAAGCUCAAGUGUGACCGCACCAAGCCUCGGUGCAACCGCUGCGAGAGGGCCGAGUCUGAGUGCAUCUAUCCCGAGUCUCGCAGGAAGCCGACCUUCAAGCGGCCCAGCGUGAAAGAGCUCGAAGCUCGCCUAGCUCAAGUCGAGGUGCUCCUGAAGGAGGUAGGCGAGAAGAGGUCUUCUCACGAAAAGGCUGCCGAGCCGGCCGAGAUCCCACCCUCAGAGAUCCCGCCCGCCGAGAUCCUGCCCGCCGAGGUGCCGGCAGCCGAACAUGGUGGCAUCCUGGGUAUGGGCUUUGAGGAACCCGAUAUCUUUCUGGGCCCGUUUUCCGAUGACGCCUCAUUCCCGUUCCAGCCAGACCCGCCGGCGACGGCGCCGGUGGAAAGUUCAGAUGGCCAAGACCCGCACAGUAGCAUCCCUCUCGAUGGGAAACUCAUCGACCUCGGGGGGGUAUUCGAGAGCCUGCCUCCUUUCGAGGUGAUGGAGGAACUCAAUCGCCUGUUCUUCGAGCACCACCAGCCUCUCCUCCCUAUCAUCCACCCCUGCCGUUAUCAGCAGGCCUUCCAUUCGGCCCCGCAUAUGAAGCCACCGAUGUGUCUCCAAUAUGCGAUAUGGGCUCUCACUACCAGCGGUUAUCCUAGAUACGAAGCCUGCCAUGACAUCUUCUACCGGCGGGCCCGGCAGUACGCCGAGUUAGACGAAUUGAAGGGCCACGGCGAGCAUUUCAUCACGGUAGCCCACGCUCAAGCAUGGUGCGUGAUUGCUACUUACGAAGCCAAGAAUACGAUGUUCACUCGGGCCGCCAUGAGCUGCUCGAGAGCGGUCCGCUUAGUGUCAAUGAUGGGUCUCCACCGACUCGACGGUGCCUCCGAGGAGAUAAGUCCGGCUCUACUUCCCCCUAGAGAUUGGAUCGAAUUGGAGGAACGGCGGCGAGUCUUCUGGGGAGUUUUUGGUAUCGACAGUCACUGUUCCAUCUCAACCGGCUGGCCGCAGCUCAUCGAUGUUUCCGAGAUUACCACUCUGCUUCCCGCCUCCGACUCCGCAUUCAAUAGGGGAGAACCAGAACAGACAACCAGUCUCCACGAUGCCUUCAAGGGAAGAGUAUAUUCAUCCUUCGCUGGGGCUAUUCUAGUCUGUCACAUAUUCAAUCAAAUCCUCAAACAUGUUAACAAGCCCAAACCCAACGAUAAUCCCGAUAAUUAUGAGUAUGGUGAAUACUGGCAACGGCACCGUGAGAUUGACAACACGUUGUCGAGCGCGUUCAUGAAUAUGCCGGAAUCCUUUCGGCUGCCCGAAAACUACCGUGACCUGAUAGCCGUACAUACGAACCUCAACCUACACGCCUCCAUUAUAUGUUUGCACCAUUCGGCAAUAGAUGCCAUAAAUACUUUUAGUCUGCCCGAUUUCGCGAAGAAGGCUAGCGAGGCCCGCUUGACCGCGGCGGCUCGGGAGAUCGUCUACAUAAUUAAGCUGACCAGCCAGGUUAAUUUGUACCCUAAAAGCCCGCUGGCUGCACUAUCGCUUUACUGCGCCGCCACGGUCUUUAUCUACCUAUGUAAGGAAUCACCAACAGGUGCUAACCUUAGCGAUCUUCAUUUUAUCAUCGCUACUAUGGACGGUCUUUCGGAAGAGCAUGUUAUCACCCGUUUCUUCCUCCAUCAGCUGGUCCUCGACAUAGAGCGAAAUGAUCUAGGGCAUAUUGUAAAGCUUCCGUCCCUAAGCAAUUUGAGCGCAGAGGAUAGGGCCAAUGUUCCUCAUAACAUACCUCUGCUCGCUCGGUGUGCAAUAUCGCGGCAUAGUCAAGUCCUGCCACCAUUGCCUGGACGCUUGCCGCUGGGGAGGCCACUAGGAAAAGUCAUCCCCGUGGAUAAUCGAUGUGACUACGCAAGUUGGACAACGCCCCCCCUUAUUUUCGAGGAUCCCUCACCAGAGAGCGACUAUAGCCGUAGCAACAAGCGGAAGCGUAAUUCGCCAUCUUCUGGUAUCCAUGCCGCGGACGGUGAUGCUGAGACCUGUACUCAGUUCCUAGCCGGGAAUGGAUCUAAUGCCGAAGCGUCAUGCGCAUCCUCGGCCCAUCCAUCGCCUGCGGAAGCCUUCGUCGGCGGUAGCAACGCCGCUGCAACUUCUGUACCGACGUCUCAUGCCUUCUUCUCCGAUGUGGGGGGUCCGUCGAUGCAACACGUGGACCUACCGCAUGGCACGGGCCCCCCCGUCGUCAAUGGAGACAUUGCAUCUACGUUACAGCAGGAUAACAUAGGCGGCGGCGGUAGCGGCGGCGGCAUCAUUCACGGUCUUGGCUCUAGCAGCCCCUCUGCCAACAUCAGAGCCGCCCUCACCGUGCUCCGGAGCAUGGACCCGAGGCCUCUCUUCGCGCCGCCCACCCGCGAACACGACCAGACGCAAAUGCCUACAGGGGCGGGGAACGGUGCCGAAGUCGGUGCCAACGGCUGGUAUAUGGCCGGCGCCUCUCCGCGGACGCAAUUUGCGUACGGCGGGGACGCUAGUACCGCCACCGCCAACCCCAACGCGCAUCUACACUGGCGCGCGAGCGGGACCAGCAGCGAACAUCCGGGAAACCCGUAUCGGAACUUUCCGUGGGGCCUGAUGGGCGGCUAGAGCGGAAGGGGGGAGGAUAAGGAGAGAGCGGGGCGGGAAACGGAGGGAGCGGGGUCAACGCAGUCAAAGGAAAGACAGGGCGCAUAUUCAGAGCGUGGGUUAAUACCCCCCGGGAUACGGCGCCAUGGUAUAUGCAUCUAUCCUCCCUAGAUCUUGGAUAUUUGGAGUUUAGGUAUUUUUAGAGCUCAUCAAACCACCUUAGUUUCUUCGAUGUGACCUUAUGAGAUACUGAAUAUGUAGCACGGUGACUCAUUCUUCAGCUUCAUGGUUCCCGCCGCCUAUUCUGCUGACCUAGGUACCACAGGGCAUCUUACAGUUACUCGAUA